ACUCCGAUGACGGAAGAGAUGAGUAAAGAGUCUCCUCCUCCUCCUCCGACGUCGUUUUCUUCGUUACCGGACGACGUCGCUCUCGAUUGUCGGGCUCGUAUAUCGAGAUUCCAUUAUCCAACUCUUUCUCUCGUCUCCAAGGGUUUCAGAACUCUCAUCGCCUCCCCGGAGCUCGAGGCCACACGAUCCUUUAUCGGAAAACCAGAGAAUCACCUCUGCGUCUGCUUGAGGCUGUAUAAAAACCCUAAUCCUCUCUGGUUCAUAUUUUCCCCAAUUCCGAAACAGAAAUUGAAACCCAUCGUCCCAUGGUUUCCUAACCAACAAUAUCCUCAAUACCCGACCGUUGUCUCAAAUGGUUCACAGAUAUACAUAAUCGGUGGAUUCGUUAGGAGAAGGAGAAGCAACAGAGUGUCGAUUUUUGAUUAUCGAACUUAUCAAUGGCGUAGACUCCCCAAAAUGCGUCAACCUCGAGUUUAUCCCGCCGCGUCUGUAAUCGACGGUAAGAUCUAUGUGAUUGGAGGCUUCAGAGGCUCCAUGCCCACAGAUAUUGAGAACUCAGGAGAAGUUUAUGAUCCAAAGACCAAUACUUGGGAGCCAAUAUUGCUCACAUCACUUGAUCUCACUGUUCAAAAUGUUUUCAAGAAAAAACAUUACUUUACGACCAAGGCAUGCUUAGUGAUUAAUAAGGUGUCGUGCCUACUAUAUGUUUCCGAUGGGAAGCUAUAUUGGCGUGAAGACAAGGAAGGUUUUGAGUGCCGUAAGGUUUAUGGACUUGCAGAACAGUCCUCUAAUCUGUUUCGUGUGGUGGCAAACUCCGGCGGCGGAGGAAGAGUGACAGUUUGGUGGAAGUCGAUGACAAAAGGUUGCGAGUUUGACUGUCUGCUGACUGAGGAGUGUGAAACCAAGAUUUGGUGUGCAGAGAUUUCGCUUGAGAGAAGAGGUUUAAGAGAGCUUCGGGGAUUUGUUGAAUGGUCUAAAGAGGUUUUUACCAUUGAUAGAUGUGACUAUAUUUACGAUUUCAUUUCACAAUACGUUACUGUGACUUAUUGAUCAAUGAAAUGUAGUAAAAACUCCUUAGAGAUUGGUGUUUGUAUUUAUCAAAUGACUUCUUUUAAAAUUCUUAAAGAAAUAAUAUACAAC